CUCUCAUGCUCUCUUAACUACUGCAAUGAGUAGGUCAUAGUUCCGUCCUUUCAACAUUCUAUAAUUAUGAUGGCUUUCUUGCAGUCAUAUUUGUUGUUUGUGGUUAUGUUUUCAUUCUUCACUCCAACUGAUGGACACUUUAUCACCAUCCUCGACCUUUGUUAUUACAGAGGGGAAGAUCCACACGAUGUGGAGUACGUCUGGAGAGCUAUUUCAGACAUGGUGAAGGUCAUGGAAUACAACAGCACUCUCAAUAGAUUUACUGGUUACACACCCUUUGGGAUACAUAACGCUGAGCAAUUAAACGCAGAUCCCGUGGUCCUGGCAUCGUUUCAAACUCCACUUCAUUUCUUCUGCAAACAUUAUGGUGCCCUCGCCUACGAAGCUGGAAUAAACAACAAUGUUGAGCCCUCCGUCCAUCUGAGGUCCAUGACGCCCCACAGUGACAGACACCCCUCCAUGUUGACGUGCAGCGCCUACAAGUUCUACCCCAAACAGAUCAGGGUGACCUGGUUGAGGAAUGGACAGGAAGUGACCUCAAACAUGACUUCCUCUGAGGAGCUAGCCAAUGGCGACUGGCACUAUCAGAUCCACUCCUACCUGGAGUACACUCCCACACCUGGAGAGAAGAUCUCCUGCAUGGUGGAGCAUGCCAGCUUCACUGAACCAAAGAUCCUCCACUGGGACAUGUCUCUGCCAGGGUCUGAGAGGACUAAGAUAGCCAUCGGGGCGUCUGGGCUGGUGCUGGGGCUGGUCUUCGCUGCAGCUGGUCUCCUCUACUACAACAGGAGGAAGACCACUGGUGGUGAUGGGAGGGAAUUGGUGCCAACAAGUCACCCAUCCCAGUGAUCUCUCAGUGACUACAUUACAGUUCUGCAUAGUGUAAAUAUGAGUCCCAAAUGGCACCCUAUUCCCUAUAUGGAUCCCCGGUCCUGGUCAAAAUGAGUGUACCAUAUAGGGUUCCAUUUAGGAUGCUACCUAAUUCUUAUUAUGUCUCUGACUGCAGGGUGUCUAUAGACACUGCAUGGUGUCUAUCUCUUGAUGAUGUUGUCUAUAUCUUAUGUGUAAGGAGUGUCUGCUGCUUUUCUAAAGACUAUCAAGAGUUGAUAUUAUUGUUACAGUAACACCUUAAAACAAGUUCCUACAUAUAUGCUAUAGGAUACAAGAUAUAUUUUUAUGAAGUAGUUUGUUUCUCACAAAUUGUCUUGAAUUGUUUUGAACAAACCAAGUAGUUGGAACCACUUUUUAUGCUCUUGAACGACCUUAUUGUACAACUGUGUAAACUAGCCUGCAAUGCUACCGUACCUGUAGACUUCCUGUCAUUGUGCUAACGCUAGUUAGCAUUGGCUAAAAAACCCAAUAACAAUAACAUUAACAAACGUGCUGGGUUGAACAGUGGCGCUGUUUCCCCUGGUGCGGAUUUCAACUUUAAGAAUGUUGUGUUUGCUAUUACUGUAAACAUGCUUUACUUAUCAUUCUGAUAUAAUGCUAGCCUCCGCUGUAAUUUCAUAUUGGUAUGUGUGUGUGUAUAAUGUGUGUGUGUGUAGGCUACAGAUGUAGGAUUGUAAUUUGACCUAUAUUGUCACAGCAAAAUAAUCCUGUAGUAACAGGAUUGAAACGUUUUGUCCAUAAUAUUGCUGGAUCGGUGGUUAGGCUAUUAGCUGGACAAAAGUAGGCUACAUGAAAAGUACAAUACUGUUAAUAUAAUCUUGUGUUUUAGGGCGGGGCUUUCAGUGAAGUUAUGUACAUCACAAAGCUCAUCUGCAUUUCCUGUGGUGCAGGAAAAUUCUCAGCAACAAAAGAGUGAUCAAUUUAAGAUCCUACAUCUGUGUACGUGUGUUUCUGUGUAUCACUGAGGCUUUUUACAUUGUUGUUACAGUACCAACAAAAUCCUUUACUGCAGCAACACUCUGGGUGUGUCACAAAUGGCACCGUAUUCCCUAUGUAGUGCACUACUUUUGGCUGGGGCCAAUAUGGCACCCUAUCACCUAUAUAGUGCACUAGUUUUGAACAGAGCCAUAUGUGCCCUGGUCUAAAGUAGUGCACUACAUAGGGAAUAGGGUGCCAUUUGUAACCAUUUGGAGAGCAGCCUCUGUAUAGGAUGGAUGCCUUUUGGUCAAAAUGACACAAUUCCGUUUCACUUGUUUUUUCCUUUAAACUUGAGCUAUCUGACUUUACACCCAGUGGUGUAAAGUACUUAAGUAAAAAUACUUUAAAGUACUACUUAAGUAGG